UAUUUGUUUUUGUUUAUCUUUUUGAACCGAAUUUUUUUUUUCUUCUUGUCUAAUUGAUUAAUUGUCGAUGUUAAUUAACCAGUUUACUUUUUUUAAUUGUUGGUGAUGUUUCCAGUCAAUCGGUUUUACGUUUGAAGUCUGAUAGUUGCGAGAUGGAGAUUAGGAUUUUACUUGGAAUACAAAUUCUAUUGUCUUUCUUUGAAUAUUUGAAGAUUUUGAUGAUCACAAUUAAUUAGAAAUGUGAUUGAUUUUGAUCUUUUUGUUUGGGUUUAGUUGUAAAGGUGAUGGACUUUCGAAUUGAAAGUGGACUGGUAAAUUUUAUUCUAAUUGUAUUUCUAUCAAUCUCCAUUAUUGAAGUUCUUGAUUUUCUAAUCAAAAAAGAUUAUUCAUCUUUAAUCAACAAUAAUCAAACUUAUCAAUCUUCAAUCUGGUGUUCAGGUGAUAAUGUUGAUAAUCGUAAAUGUCGAGCUGUUAAUUUAUGUUACCAAAGUAAUUAUCGUUCAUGGAUAUUUCUAAAUGGACCAGAUUCUAUAGAAAGUGGCCUACCUGAAAAUCCCUUUGGUCCUGGUUUAAUAUCAAUUUCAUCUCUUACUGGACAUAAUCAAUUCUAUUUAAAUUAUGUUGUCAUUGAUUCACAAUAUUUUCACCAAUUUUCAUCUAAAUUGGAGGUUCGAUUUGUUAAAGAUUCAACAUUAAUCUUUGGACGAUUUAAACCCGAUAAUCUGAUGCAUUUACUUCAUGAUGAUAUUUUACCGGUCAAAUGGACUUUAAAUGGACUUGGAUGGUCAAAACAAUUAGUUAAUUUUUUCCUUCACGAUGAUUGGCCUCAUCCUAAAGAAAUACCCGGAAAUUAUGAUCUGUACAAGAAACUAUUUAAUCUCAAUCAACUUUUCACCAAAUCAAUGGAUCCUAAUAAACUGAUUUGCUUCCAGGAAGCUCAUAUUGGCCUUGAUCGGGAAACAAUUUGGUACCAAUAUGGAUUCAAAGUGCCACAAGGAGCUGUACCAAUAACGGAAAAUCAAAAAGUGAACAUUGGAAAAUUAACUAAUCAAUUACGAUCAAUAUUGAAACCAAACGAAUGUCCAAAGGGUGGAAAUGGUGUUUUCCUUUCUCGAACUUUCAAUCGAUUGAUUCUAAACGAAGACGAAUUGAUAAGAUCAUUGAGUAAAAACAUUAAACCAGUAAUUAAGAUGAACGUUAAUGAUAAUCUAGUCCAAUUAAUUGAGAGAAUUUAUUGUUCUAAUCUACUGAUUGGAAUUCAUGGUUCUUCAUUAGCUUUAUCCCUUUUUCUACCUCCAGGUUCAUCUAUUGUGGAAAUAUUUCCCUUUGGAAUUAAUCCUGAUCAUUAUACUCCAUAUAAAACAUUAUCUUCAAUUCGUGAUCUUAAUUAUAUUUCAUGGGUUAAUCAUAAUUUAACCAAUUCCAUUCAGCAUCCUGAAUAUUCAAGUUCAUUAGGUGGAAUCAAUAGUCUUCCAGAUGAAAUUAAAAGUUCAAUCAAAGAUUUAAAUGAACAAUUGGAACCACAUCUUUGCUGUUAUGAUCCAAAUUGGUUAUAUCGUAUUUAUCAAGAUACAAUUGUUGAUAUUAAUCAAUUUAAUCAGUUAAUUGUUCCAAAAUUGAGAAGCCAUUCCGAGCAAAGUCAAUCAAGACGAUCACCUUUCUAUCCUGGUCCAGUGAUUAACAUUGAUUGUGUUUAUGGUGAACCAUUUGAAUUUAAAUUAACCUGGAAGAAACCAUGGAAUAUUGAAUUUACUGACAAUCAACUAAUCAACAAGUUAAAUUAUGAAAUUUUAAUCGAUGAAGGCGAGGGCAGAGGUCAUAGUUAUAUUGUAACAAUCGAAUCACUUUCAAUACCAUUCAAUGGUAAGGAAUCAUUUCCAUUAUGGAUUAGGUGUAUUCUUAAUGAAAGAAAAGGACCUUUCAUGAUUGCUAAUUGUUCAAAAUAAAUUUAAUUUAAUUUGAUGGCAAA